AUGAAGAUCGAAAAACUAUCAUGUAGUAUUUGUGGAGAAGUUGGCAACGGUGUUCAUUUUGGCGCAGAAGCAUGCAGAGCAUGUGCUGCAUUUUUUCGACGAUCAGUUGCUCUUAACAAACAAUAUAAAUGUCGAGGAAACGGGAAAUGUGAAGUAGUUUCUACAAUUCGAUGUAUCUGCAGAUCUUGCCGAUUUGCGAAAUGCCUUCUGAAAGGAAUGAAAAAAGAAGCUGUUCAAAAGUAUAGAGAUUCCUAUGGAAAAAGAGGAUCCGAUUUAGAGUCGCCGAGUUCCAGUAUUGAUGUAAGGGUCAGUUCGUGUCCUUCUUCAUCUUCAAUUUUCUCAAGUGUCGAACAGCCUCCAGGAAUGCCAAUUUUAAAUAAAUUGAGUCAAAACUAUGUGCACCUUGAAAAUGUGCGAAAAGUAAUUCAUUGCAAUAAAGGGAAUGUCUUUGAGGCGAAACAGCCCAAAGCGGUUUCUUAUAAAGAAGGCAAUCAAAUCGGGAUUAAGGAAUGUGAAAUAGUCGCCGAUUGGGUAGUUAGCUCAUUUCCAGGAUUCUCAAAUUUACCAACUGACCAAAAGACAAUCCUUUUCCGCAAUUGUUUCCUGGCUUUUUUUAUGCUCCAAUCGGGCUAUUAUGGUUACCUACAUAAUAGAAGUGAUAUCAUUAUUCUUCCUUCGGGUGAUUUCAUUGAUUGCGAACAUCCCGAAACCUUCUAUUUCGACCCAGAAGGAAAACAAUUGAUGACUUCUGAAGAUGCUGUCAGAAUGUUUGCAUCGUCAUUCAGUAACUACCGGAGAAACGUGAUAGAACCUAUGAUUCGGGAUAAAGUUGACAACAUCGAAUUUUUUGCCUUAUGCGCAUUGGUCUUAUUUGAUACCGGAUUAGAUGGGCAGAGUGACGAAUGUAUAGCUCUUAGUCGAAAAACGAGAGAAGAUGUUCAAAGAGAAUUAUUGUAUUAUUAUCGAAAUUAUCGAGUUGUCGAUGAUCCAUCGAUGAGAAUUGCGAAUUUGUUAUCGUUACUACCUGCAGUUCAGCGAGCCGUGCGUCGCUUCCAAGAAGACGUCGAAAUCAGUCAUGUGUUCAACGUCUAUCGUGUCGAUGAAAAAUUCUAUGAAAUAUCAAAAAAAGAAAUGACGAUUGAGAAAAAUCUGUGUAGUGUAUGCGGAGAAGAUGGUAAUGGAGUUCAUUUUGGAGCAGAAACCUGCAGAGCAUGUGCUGCAUUUUUUCGACGAUCAGUUGCUCUUAACAAACAAUAUAAAUGUCGAGGAAGCGGAAAUUGUGAAGUAUUAUCUACUGUUCGAUGCGUGUGUCGUUCGUGCCGGCUUGCCAAGUGCUUUGCUGUUGGAAUGAAAAGGGAGGGAGUUCAAAGACAUCGAGAUGUUUACGGAAAAAGAAACACUGAUUUGGAAUCGCCGAAUACUUCCAGUGCUGAGGUAGGAUUUUCUGAAAAUUACACAUUUCCUGCAAGAAGAGAUGAUAGUUGUGGGAUGCCAAUUUUGUUAACACUUAGCAAAAAUUAUACACAUUUGGAGAGUGUACGAAAAGUGGUACAUAAAAAAGGACUUAAUCUUUUUGAGACUAAUCAUCCGAAAAUAGUUUCCUAUAGGGAAGCGAGUCAUGCGGGAAUAAAAGAAUGUGAAAUUGUUGCUGAUUGGGUUGUCACCUCGUUUCCCGUAUUUGCAAAAUUACCAACUGAUCAAAAGACAAUUCUCUUUCGCAAUAGUUUUUCUUCUUUUCUUAUUCUUCAGGGUGGCUAUAACGGAGUAGUGCAUAAUAGAAGUGACGUUGUCAUUAUGCCUUCUGGAGAUUUUAUUGAUAUUGAGCACUUGGAAACAUUUUAUUGCGAUAUUCGAAGUAAACGACUAAUGACAACCGAAGAUGCCGUGAGACUAUUUUCUCAUUCAUUUAUUCAUUUUCGAAAGAAUGUAAUUGACACAAUGAUUAGAGAUCAAGUGGACAGUUACGAAUUCUUCUUCCUUUUUACGCUGAUUCUUUUUGAUACUGGAAUAGAUAAGCAAACCGAUGAAUGCACUGCGAGUUGUCGCCAAAUGAGGGACCUUAUCCAGCGAGAAUUACUAUAUUACUACCGAAAUAUUAAAAUGAUCGAUGAUCCGGCAUUGAGAGUUGCCAAUUUGCUCUCACUACUACCCGCUGUUCAGAGGGUGGUACGCCGAUUUCAAGAAGACCUCGAAAUCAAUCAGAUUUUUAAUUUGUGCGCUGUGGAUGAAAAAUUCUAUGCUAUUUGUAAUGGAAGAUUUUAA